GUUGAAGGAACAUUGUGUGUCAGCUGCACACGGUGCACCAGGUUUUUUGUCAUGCCGCCAAGAAGACUAAGUUGGAAAUGGCGUGGAAAGGUCCUACAGAAGAUGUUGGGUGUUCAUUACGCCUCAAUAAGCACACCCGCUUCCGGAGCCACAUAUCAGUCGGCUUCUAGAAUGUGGCUGCCUUGCACCGUUGCAGACAGUGAAGUAGUCAGGGGGCAAAGAGGCAAAACCUUUGAAGACCCGGUGUUCUGGUCAACAGUCCCUUACUUUAGAAAGCCUCGAAAUAAAACGACGAAAAGAAGUAGAGGCAUUUGGUUUAGAAGAGUCGUUUUAAUUGUUCUGAUUUUGGGAGAAUGGGGAUGACGGGUGUGUGUUCAUCCCCCUUCGACACGGCGCUGGCUCCGCCGCGGCCAGCAGCCGCCGUAGUCGGGCCGGCGGUCGUGCCGACAGUCUGCUGACGUCAUCAGCAGCCAGCGAACUGCCCGGCUUAUCGCCCGACUUCCCGCAACCAGACGCGUAAGACCGCGGCGUCCCGGACGGCGCCGCAGUCCGCCGACCCCCGCCGACGCGGCGUCCCGAGUAGCCGGAGACGCCCACUGCAGCGACGCGUAAACCAGGAACCGGUCCGCUCACCGAGGAGAGCGGCCGCCGAGGGCGACAGGUGGUGUGGGUCUUUUCUGGUGAGUCGAAAGGGCCUUUCUUGGGCUGGAAGGACUUCUCGUGACUUGAAAGCUUGGAUCUCGGCUCUUGGAGGGAAGGAAGAACCCCCUUCUCACGCUCACAGCGUGCCACCGUUCACAAAGUUCAACCUUGCCUCACUGGAGUCGAGCCGUCGAGCAUGUCAGGUGACGCCACCAUCAAAUGUGUCCUGGUGGGCGACGACCGGGCCGGAAAGACGUCGCUACUCCACACGUUCGCCGACGGUCGGCGACCAUCGCUGCCGCCAGAGAGCCUCUGCAGCCUGCCCCAGAUGGUGCACGUGACGCUGCACCACAUGAACACGGCGUAUGACCUGCAGCUGGUGGACACGGCCGGUGGCACGACGCAGCUGCGCUCGCGCCUCACCGCCUACUCUGCCUACCGGGACGCCGGCGUAGUGGUGCUGUGUGCCGACCUAACCGAGCCGGCCGCCUGGCCACGUCUCGAGGCCGACUGGCGCGUCGAGCUGGAGCAGUACGCGUCGCGCGCGCCGUUCCUGCUGGUCGGCACCACGUUCGGCCACCAGGCGGCCGACUUCUGGGGCCUGGACGCCGCCGGCGGGCGGAUCUAA